AUGGUAGACUUGUCUGAGGGGGGAGAUGAUUUUGAAAGAUAUAGAGAAUAUUCCUUAGAUUAUUCCAAGUUGAAAGAAAGGGCAAAGGGUGAGAUGAGAGCCAGGGCGGUAGGUUUACGGAUGUUUGAUUCUAACACCUAUCCUAUAAGCCCAAGGAGAAGUAGUGUGGGUAAAGAUGAUGGUGCUAUUGGGGCUACUAGUACUACUAAUGUUGUUGCUACUGAUCAUUCUUCUGACCGACGAGCUUUCUGCCCUACAUUCAGUCAACUAUAUCAUUCAUUAAAUUCGGAAGCUACUUCAUGUUAUCAACGGACGGGGAACUCCCUAAAGAUUACGCUCUUGAAACGAGAUAUGGAGAUUGUAUUGCAACAUCACUUGCAAAAGAUCAUACAAAUCAAAGAAAAACCAACUCCAACUAAAGGACAAUCUGUUGAGUCUUCUUUGUCCCAAUGGUUUUCUAAUCCUAAUGUUUUAGCAGAGGUGGAUCUGAUUGUUACUAAGAUGAUGAAGGUGAGCAAAGCUGUUACGAAGAUUGAAAUUCCUUCAUUCAGUCUUGGGAUUCUAGGAUUAAAUUCAUCACCUAAAGUUGGAAGUGUGAAGAGAGUUGGAAAGAAGGCCAAACAUUAGACAUGUUUCUAAUGAAUGAGAUUUUUAUUGGUGCAUCAUCAAAAUAUUGUCUAUGCAUUUAACUUUGUAUGGUUGUGAAACAUAAGUCAUUAGAUGUGAAGAAAUUUGAA